AUGAGGCCGGUGGACGUGACACCUGAGCGUGUGCUAGAGGUAUAUAAUAACCUGUAUCAUGGACUUAAUCCCACUAAUAAGAAAACUAAGUUUAAAGUUGGUGAUCAUGUGCGAAUCAGUAGAGAAAAACAGACGUUCGAAAAGGGGUACACGUGGAACUGGAGCGAGGAAAUUUUUAAGAUCGUUCAAGUCAUUCCUCAUACGAUGCCAGUGUAUCGCUUGGAGGACCUCGAUAAGGAUCCUAUUCAGGGCACGUUUUACGAAGCAGAGCUUCAGAAGGUCACCAAGCCCGAGACAUUCAAAAUUGCAUAUAUAGUGCGCUCUAAAGGCAAAAAGGGUAGUCGUCAGCACUUUGUUCACUGGAGAGGUUAUCCUGAAAAAGUCGCUCCUGGAUUUUGGAUUCAGAUCUCGUAUAAUGGAUUUUUAUACUUUUCUUCCAAGUAA